UAUGGCCCACAGGAUGGAUCCAGCCUGCCAAGCCAUUCUGUCCAGCCUGUGGGGUCCCUAGAAAUUUUUUUUUUAAUUAAUAUUUAUUUGCCUCUGGUUCCUGUCAAAAGUGACAGGAGACAGGGGCAGUAGGACCCAGUGGAAGCCACAGAAGGCUCCUGGAAGAGCAGGGCCCGCCUUGCCCCACCCCACACAGCUAGCGGGACCAUGAGGCUGUUCCUGCCCAUGCCGGAACGGGAAGCUCAGAAUAUAGGGGGUCUCGCUACUGAAAAAGGCUACAAAGAAGAAUUCAGUCUACAUUCAGAAGAAUUCAAUCAUGCCUAAAAGAAAGAAGAAAAAUCCAAAUACUAAAGAAAGUAAGCAACUGGAUUUGUCUCAAAACAUUGAGCAGUGGACAAAAGAGCAAGUAAACCAAUGGGUAGUUGAAGAUCUGAAGAUUGACCCAAAACACGGUGAAAUCCUGCUUAAUCAGGAUGUGACAGGCUGUACGUUGAGGGCGUUGACUAAACAAGCCCUUAUAGAUAUGGGCAUAACACACGGCCCAGCUCUGCAAAUUAUCUAUGCUCUGAAACAAAUGAGCAUUCUCACUGAAGACCCAAGCCAGGCUAGUGGGCAAGAAGAUGCUAAAAAGCCCAUUGAUGAGAAAGAUUUGAUAGAAAAGAAAGAUGAAAAAAUGAUGGAGAAAAACAGAAAGGGGGACUCAAAACCAGUUGAUUCCAGUGCAACACAGGAAUGUAAGAUAUCUGCAUGGACUAAGCCUCUAAAAUCUGUGCUGGUAGAUGGAACAGAAAACAAGUUAGUUGAAGCAGAGGGUAAAACAAAGAAAUUAUUGAGAAUUAAUCAGCUUCCAACUGGACAGACUUGUCUGCCAUAUCCUUUUGAUGAGUUUCAUGCUAGUCAUCGUUAUAUUCAGGGUCAUAGCCUUAGUGUCCCUGAAACUGGGCCACUGAAUCUCAUUGAUCCUGCACAUGAGUUUAAAAAGCUCAGAAACACAGAGAAUGCAACAGAAGAAAAUAUUAAGCUGAAAUUUACCAAUGAAGUCUUUAGAUUUGCUUCAGCCUGUAUGAACUCCCGUACCAAUGGCACUAUUCAUUUUGGAGUCCUGGACAAUCCACAUGGGGAAAUUAUAGGAGUAGAAGUAAGAAGUAAAGAUAUAUUUAUUGACUAUUUUAACCAAGCAAUCAAAAAAUACUUUGGUGAAAAAUACAUCAGUGAAGCAAAAGCUUGUAUUAGAGAACCUAGAUUUGUAGAAGUAUUAUUGAAAAAUAAUACUCCAUCUAAUACAUUUGUCAUUGAAGUAGAUGUAGUUCCAAGACAUUCUAUUUGUGGAGCAACAUUUUUCCAGGUUCAGCAAUAUCUUUUUAAGACAGAGACUUGGGAACCUGCUCUAUUUGUACGGGAUGGAGCUUCUUCUAAAAAUAUCAUUAAAACUCCAGCAGGAUUUAAAUCCAAGCUCCAGUCUUUAGCAGAUGCUCGACAAGCAGCAGAGAAAAAACACGCAGAAAAAACAAAAAAGAAACAGACUGAGGGUCUUAAGCUCCGUUGCCUUCUCACAGGUAACCAGGAUUUGCUGGAUAAUUCCUAUUAUGACUGGUAUAUAUUAGUAACCAACAAGUGCCAUCCAAGUCAAACACAGCAUUUGGAAUUUUUGCAGGAGAUAAAAUGGUUUGCUGUGCUAGAAUUUGACUCUGAGUCAGUAAUCAAUGGGGUGGUCAAAACUUACAGACAAAACCGAGCUAUAAACCUCCAUUUUCCAAACCAGUAUCAAAUCAAAGGGAAUUUGAUUUCUGAAGUCAUUGAAAAGCUGAAUCUCUAUCAUCAACCCAGCUGGAUUUUUUGCAAUGGCAGGUCAGACUUGACUGGUGAAAAAUAUCAGCCUUUAGAACCCAGUAUGUGGCAACGAGAAACGGCUGCUGAAGUUAGGAAACUGAUUUCAUUUCUUUCACACAAAGACCUAAUGCAAAGAGGGAAGUUUUUGGUAGUGUUUCUUUUGUUGUCCACAGUGGAAGACCCAGCUGAUCCUCUUAUUGAAACAUUUACUACAUUUUAUCAAGAACUGAAAGGACUUGAAGACAUGCUCUGCAUUUGUAUUGGAGCACAAACAUACCAGAGAUGGAAAGACCUUCUACAAGCCAGAUUCAUUGAUGCAGAAGCACUUACAAAGAGAUGUAUUUCUAACUUAAAUCUUGAAAUGGUGAAUGGUACUAUCCUAAAAUUAAAAUCAGUGACACAGUCUUCUCGGAGAUUUCUGCCUUCAGUUGGUUCCUCUACCAUUCUUUUGAAAAAAGGAGAAGAUAGCAUGACAGCACUGGAAAUACUUUGUGAAAAUGAAUGCAAAGACACAGAGAUAGAGAAGGAUAAAGAUCGAUUUUCUAAAUUUAAGAAGUCUCAGGAAGAGCACUUUUACCGGGGUGGUAAGGUGUCCUGGUGGAAUUUUUACUUCUCCUCUGAAAACUAUUCUUCACCUUUUAUCAAAAGAGACAGUUAUGAAAAACUUGAAGAACUGAUUCAAGAAGAUAAUUCCUACUGUGUGCCAAUAUCUACAAAAAUCAUCAACCUUUAUCACCAUCCAGGCUGUGGUGGCACCACCUUAGCUAUGCAUGUCCUCUGGGAAUUGAAGAAAAAAUUCAGAUGUGCCAUUCUGAAAAACAAAUCACUUCAUUUUGCAGAAAUUGGGAAACAGUUGGCAAAUUUAAUCACCUAUGGAGCAACCAACCAAGAAGAUUACUUCCCAGUGUUACUUCUUGUAGAUGAUUUUGAAGAACAAGAAAAUGUCUACCUUUUGCAAAAUGAAAUUCAGUCAGCUAUAACAAACAAUUGCAUUAGAUAUGAAAACCCUCUAGUAAUCAUUCUAAACUGCAUGAGAUCUCAGAAUCCUGAAGAAAGUUCAAAGAGCAAUGGUAAGAAUAGUAUUGCUCUAAAACACCAGCUUUCUCGCAAAGAGCAAAGAGCUUUUGAAGACAAACUAAAAGAAAUUGAAAAGGAGCAUCAGCACCCUGAAGAUUUCUAUUCAUUUAUGAUUAUGAAAAAAAAUUUUGACAAAGUGUACAUAGAGAAUGUUGUCAGGAAUACACUGAAAGGCUUGGACAUUACAAGCAAGCAAGCACAGCUUAUUUCCUUCCUGGCACUAUUAAACUCUUAUGUUACACGGUCCACAAUCUCAGUAUCCCAGUGUGAAGAAUUCUUAGGAAUUGCUGCUAUUAAGACUUUCUGGAGGCAGGAGAGUUUGGAAGAGAAGAUGGGAACUUGUUCCAAUAUUCUAAUACAGGCUGAAGUGCAGGAAUGUGGAAAGUACAAAGGCAUGCAUAUCAUUCAUCCACUGAUUGCUGAUCACUGCCUAGAAGAAUUGAAACUAUCUUAUAACUUAUCUAAAAGUGAAAUUACAAUGCAGCUGCUGAGACAGGACUUAUUUUACGAGUCUGGCAUAGGAAGAGAGAAACUUCUACAAGAUGUGCAAAUCAUGCUGAUUACUAGACAACGUAAAGAACAUGGAGAUGAUACAGACACACUGUUUUCCCCAUUAAUUGAAACCAUACAGAAGGAAGAAAUGUGUGCUGAGGUUGAAAAUGUAUUGAAAGAAGGAACCCUUAGAUUCAGUCAAAAUGCAUUCAUUUGUCAAGCCCUUGCAAGACACUUCUACAUCAAAAAGAAAAAUUUUGACUCUGCACUGAAGUGGGCCAAAGAAGCUAAAAAAAGAGCACCAAGUAAUUCAUAUGUAUCAGAUACUUUAGGCCAAGUCUUUAAAAGUGAAAUAAUACACUGGGUGGAAGAAAAUGUAAAGAGGACUGUCAUAACUGUUGAGGAGCUGGAAUUUUUGCUAAACCUUGCAAAGCGAGCAUCAGAGGCCUUUAAAGAAUCCCAGCAACAAACUGAAAGUACAGACAAUGAACAAGAAGGGCUGCAACAUCUUAAGUCUAAAAGGAGGUAUUACAUGUAUAAUACAGCUGGUUAUCUGGGGGAGAUAGAAACUGGUCUGUACACUAUCAAUAUCAUUAAGCGUACUCCUUUUUUCAACAAAGGAGAUCCACUGACUAGAAAACAUAUGGCUCAGUAUUUUUCAGGAAACUGUGAUCUGCCAAAAGUAGUUAGUGACACAGAUUAUGAAAAGUUUUGGUUGGCCUUUGAACAAUAUACUGACUACUUAAGUAAACUGAAGUCAAAUUUAAAAAGGGCAUUUGACUUUUUUAUGGAUUAUUUUGUCUUUCUGAAACCAAGGAGUGCAGAAAAAGAAACUGUAGAGUUCAAAAUACGCACGAAGGUUCGAGAAAGUUUCAAAAAAUAUGUAAAUAUAUUUUGUUACACAGAUCUUGAGCAGCUUCAAGACAAACAAAUAUGUGCAAAACUCAGUUUGUCUCUGCAGUUAGAGAAUUAUAGAAGAAGCCUAGAGGCUUCCAAAGCAGACAAGUUUUCAGGACUUUUGGAAUACCUUGGCAAUCAUGAACAUGCUCAAAGUAAGAUGGAAGAUAUAGUGCAUACAUACACACUUUUGCUUAAGCAUAGCUCUUCCUUAAGAGACAAACAGAAUUUCAUUUUGGCAAAUAUUGUUCUCAACUGCAUUAACCCUAAUUCCAUGAUGAUACCUCCUGUUCAAGAGCUGAGAGAACAGCUUAGAAAAAUGCUACAGCAAAUAGGUCCAGAUUAUCACUUUUCACAACCUUAUUUCCUUGCUACCUUAUUGUUCUGGCCAGAAAAUCAAAAGGUACUAGAUGAGGAUUCUACACAAAUGGAAAAGUAUAUCACAUCACUGAAGAAGGUUUUCAGAGGGCAGUUCUGGUCAAUGCGUCAUUCUAGACAACCAAUAGCUCAUUUCUACCUUGGGAAAAGUAAAGGUCUGAAAAGACUUGUCCACAAAGGAAAAAUAGAUCAGUGUUCCAGUAGCUGUAAACUACAGGACUUGUAUUACCCGUGGCAGAGUGGAGCCAUAUGGAAAGAAGAGGCUGUCCAAAAGCUGCUCCUUCGUUUAAAUGGUAAAACUGAAGAUAAUAUUAUCUAUGUGGACUAUGGCAUAAAUGAAAACAUGAGGAUACCAGUGAGACCUGCUUUCCUGGGUCAACUAAGAAGUGGCCAAAGCAUCGAAAGAGUGUCCUUUUACCUUGGAUUCUCCAUGGAAGGCCUCAUAGCAUAUGACAUAAAUGUCAUAUGAGAGUCAUUAAAAAAAAGAUACAGGUAGAUGCUUCAUGUCCACAGCUGUAGGAUCUCUUCAGAUACACAGUUUCCUUAACACUUCUCUGUUAACAGCUACAAAUCAAAACAUCUGCUUUCCCUAUUAUUCCCUUCCCUAUCUAUCCAGCUUAUUGGUACCAAAUCCAAAAUUCUCCACCUUUUCCUUUCCCAGUUGGUACAUAUGUAACACUGGGGAAUUACAUAUAGAUGUAUAUAUUCAGUCAAUCAGUCCUACAAGUGUGCUGUUGAAAUAAAAGUUUAUAUAUAAACAAUUUCUUAUUCAAAAUUAUUUUUAAAAUCAUGGGUAUUUUAAGGACUAAUCUAACAACACAACCUCAGCAUAACUAAUCACCUAAAUAAGGGCUGUAGAUUGUACUGUUGAUUGAACCAAUAGUUCUGCUAGUACCGUUUCCCAUCUCUGGUAAUAACAGAUAACAAAAACCUGAGAGAAAAAUUUAAAGAACCAAACAAAAUUCAUCUAAUCAGUUGCAUAAAACAGUAGCUUGAAAUAAAUAAUCAAUUUAUGCCCUAAUCCUAUUCCUAUCAAUGUCAACGGCACAGGUCCCAUUCAUUUAAAUGGUGUAGGAUCAGACCUAGGUUACUUUAAUAUCUGAAACUAUAUAACUAAUAUUAUUAAUACUCUAUAGAAUAUUAGAAGGUGACAUUCUGUAACAUAUUUACUCGGUAAUAUAACUCUUGCUACAUAGCUGCAAAUAUUGACAUAGUCAUUUCAAUUUUCAAAUAAUAAUUCAGACUAUUUUUUAAAACUAACCAGAAUAUUUCUCUCUCGGUGGCUUCCUAGUGCAAUGACUAUCACAAACUGAUAGCAUCUGACAAAAUAGGUUAUUGCUUAUGAAUGUUUGUGCCCCUCUGAACCAGUUAGUCUGUAAGGUGCCAACCUGCCCUACCUUCUCUCUGCUGGACUUCAGACUAACUCAUCUAACUACCUUUCUAUCACAAACUUAUUGUAUACACAGAGUUAAUUUUUUUUUCAUAUUCUUUCAUAUCCUCCAGUGCUUAUGUAGUUUUGUAGUAUGAAAGAGAAGAAAAAGAAAUCUGGUCAAUUUUCACAAUAUAUGAUUAUUUUUAUAGUUAAUCAUUAGAAUAUCAUAGUUAAUUUAGCAACAGCCAGAAGUCUUAACCAACCAUAUUCAUUUUCAGCAAAUAGUUUAAAAUAUGACUAUACUUCCAUUCCAUUCCUCAAUAUUUGCAAAUUCUUUCUAUGCUCAUGGAUUCUUUUUUUUUAAUUCAGACUCACUGCACAGCUAGGUGACUCACCGCUAUAAUACAAGCUUUUGUGAAUUAACAGUAAUAUACUUUUUUUUUUUUAAUCAUGAAGCUUGCUAUAAGAUUAUACUGUAUUUUGAACUGCAAAAAAUGAUUAAUAAAAUACAUGAAAACGUUUUAGAUUGCA